GCCCCCUCUCCACGGGUGACGGGCAGGGCCACAGUGACGUGCACAGUAUCACAGCACAAUCCCGGUGCGGGCGCGGGUUGCGGGGUUUGCUGUUGGGAACCGCGUCGAGGCGAGGACGACAUUGACUAUUUAAGCAGCAAGUGGGAGCGCUCGACCCGGCCGCUGUUAAAUUGGGAGGUUUUAGGCACCCUUUACCAUGACUUCCGUGAUGUUGAGGAACCGUCUGCCCGUGUUGGAGAAGUCCUGGGUGUGCAUGACAGGUGCACGUUCUAUGAGUUCUGUUCCCAACACAAAACUUUUUAUAAAUGGAAAAUUUGUUGAGUCCAACACCAAAGACUGGGUAGACCUGCACAACCCUGCAACAAAUGAGGUGGUUACUCGUGUGCCCAAAAGCACAAGUUUGGAGAUGCAAAAGGCUGUUGAAUCAGCCAAAAAUGCAUUCCCGGCCUGGUCCAACACCUCCAUAAUCUCUAGACAGUCAGUCAUGUUCAAAUUUGCUGAGCUGAUUCGCAAAAACAUGAAAGAUUUGGCUGCAAACAUCACUAAAGAGCAGGGAAAGACACUUGUUGAUGCUGAAGGAGAUGUGCUCCGUGGCCUUCAGGUUGUUGAGCACUGCUGCUCUAUUCCAUCUCUUAUGCAAGGUGAAACCUUAUCUGGUAUUGCCAAAGAUUUGGAUACCUACUCCUACAAACUGCCCCUAGGAGUGUGCGCUGGCAUUGCACCUUUCAAUUUCCCGGCUAUGGUACCUCUCUGGAUGUUCCCUGUUGCAAUCACCGUUGGAAACACCUAUGUCAUGAAGCCAUCUGAGCGUGACCCUGGUGCAUGUAUGAUGUUGUUGGAACUUCUGAAUGAGGCUGGAUGCCCGCCUGGUGUUGUGAAUGCUAUUCAUGGCACCCAUGACUCAGUCAAUUUCAUCUGCGAUCACCCAGAUAUCAAAGCUAUCUCAUUUGUGGGUGGUGACAAAGCGGGUAAGCAUAUUUAUGAACGGGGUGCUAAGAAUGGCAAGCGAGUUCAGAGUAACAUGGGUGCCAAGAACCAUGGUGUUGUCAUGCCUGAUGCAAACAAAGAGAAUUCCUUGAACCAGUUGGUAGGAGCAGCCUUUGGUGCUGCUGGUCAACGAUGCAUGGCUCUGUCAACGGCUAUCUUUGUUGGGGAGGCCCAGAACUGGUUGCCUGACCUGAAGGCCCGUGCUGAAAGUCUGAAGGUGAAUGCGGGCCACAUUCCCGGUACUGAUCUUGGCCCAGUCAUCUCCCCUGAGGCCAAGAAGCGCAUUUUGGAACUGAUUGAAUCCGGUGUUCAGGAAGGAGCUAAGUUACUUCUUGAUGGUCGUGGCUUAGUUGUUCCUGGGUUUGAGAAGGGCAAUUUUGUGGGCCCAACUAUUUUGACUGAUGUUACUCCCAGCAUGCGCUGUUACAAGGAGGAGAUCUUUGGCCCAGUUCUGGUGUGCUUGUCUGUUGAUACUCUUGAUGAAGCCAUUCAAAUUAUCAACAAGAACCCCUAUGGUAAUGGUGCAGCUGUGUUCACAAACAAUGGUGCCACUGCAAGAAAAUUCACAUUUGAAGCUCAAGCGGGCCAGGUUGGAAUCAAUGUCCCCAUUCCUGUUCCCUUGCCAAUGUUCUCCUUCACUGGCUCUCGUGGUUCAUUCCUGGGAGAUCAGCACUUCUAUGGCAAACAAGGUGUCAAUUUCUACACUCAAACCAAGACUAUUACCUCGAGCUGGCGUGAGCAGGAUGUGACCCACACUCAGGCGGCAGUAGCCAUGCCUGUCAUGAAGUAGGAUGCCCACCCCACCGCCCAUCGCAUAUCCGCGUUCUUCCAGCAAUUUGUGCCAUAUACAAAACUAUCCCUAUGCAGGAGUCUGUGUUGUUAUUUUUUUAUUUUUUUUUAUAAACAAUUUUGUGCCUUAACUGCCUGUAUAAGGCUGUCUGUAAAUAGUACAAAUUAUAGCUAAAAGUACAAAGACAAUUUUGAUACAUGUCCUAAAAAAAAUUUGUUAUUUUUUCUGUUUUUCUCCAUGUGUUAUUGAGUCAUGUUUUGAGGGUCACUUGAUCAUACUGCAUUGUAUUCAUAGAAGUAUUGUUCUCUUGUCAAGGUGCUAAUUUAACAAACAAGGUGCCCUAGAAGUAUUAGUGGCAUGCACUACUUUGCUAACAUUUGUAACAGUGUUACUGAAUUGUAAAGUCAAGAUGUCUUCCAUUAGUAUUGUGAAGCUGAGCAAAUAUCAGAGUUUUAACUGUUUGUGUGAAAUCAAGAUGCUGAUUCUAUUAAGUAUCAUUGAUGUGUUGUUUUGUGCAGAAGUUUUUCCCAUCAUGUUCUAUUUUAUCAUUGUUUUCUAGUGCGUAUGUUGAUAAUUUUAGAUUUAUAUAUAGAUAUUUUUAUAUGAAUUGUCUGUGUGCCAUUUCUUUUUGGUGGAGUCACUGUAACAUUCCUAUUUGCUGUUGCCAGAGUCUUAGUUGAAACACCAUUAGUUCAAGUGUGGACUAGAAGACUGUUUUUGAGUAGGUUAACCGAAUUGUUUUGGUGUUGUAAAAUACAUUUGAUUGAUAAAUCUGUUGCAAUAUAUUUAUUUAUAACAAAAAACAACAAUAAAUUCCUUACAUCUUGCUACUGA